AUGCUACCACAUGAACGGCCAGAUAUUGAACCAAAGUACCAGCCACUGCCACCCAAACGUCCUGACAUAGAACCAAGGUACCAUCAGCAUAUGCCACCAGGUCGACCUGACGUUGAACCAAAAUACCAGCCCUUACCACAGAGACGACCAGACAUAGAACCCAAAUACCAGCCACUGCCUCCAAGACGACCUGAUAUAGAACCCAAGUACCAUCCACCUCCCUUGAGACGCCCUGAUAUAGAGCCAAAAUUUCAACCGCUUCCUCCACCGAGGCCAGACAUUGAACCGAAAUAUCAGCCUUUACCCCCUAGGCGACCUGACAUUGAGCCAAGUUUCCCUCCACAGCUUCAGAGACGACCAGAUAUAGAACCAAAGUAUCAGCCACUACCACCAAGACGGCCUGAUAUAGAACCCAAAUUUCAGCCUCCACCUGUAUCAUCAGGUCGGCCUGAUCUGGAGCCAAAAUAUCAGCAAAUGGUACCUAAAACUCAUGACUAUGAGUUCCAGCCUAUACCUUGUGUAAAACCAAGCUACGACCCCCGUGAUCCAGCCAUGGCGCCGAGGAGAACAGACUAUGCUUUCCACACCAUCCCAACCAUACGCUCUGAGAAUGAGCCCAAGUUCCAGCCAAUGCCAAUAAGGAGACCAGAAGUAGAAAGAAUACCUUUCUCUAUUCCAGUUAGUGUGGACAGCAAACCUCCACUGGAUUUGCCAAAACCAUACAAUGGUGACCCAAAUUCCACACAGGUCCACCAAGGCCUACUGAGGCUCAGCCGGGAUUUCAGAUGGUUCCUCCAAGGACAAGAAAUGGGAGUCUACCUACCAGACAGGUCCCCUGAAGGUGCAACUAAGCUUCACACUUCUGAAUUGCUAAAUAGAGCUUCUUUACCUCCAAAGCCUUGUGACGUUGAAACCUAUGGCCAGCCAGUUCCCCCCAAGUUCAUGGUAUCACAUCAGACAUCUCCCAAAGCAGCUGAUCGUGAGCCUCUGUAUCAGAUGAUUGCUCCCAAGGUAACAGAGCGAGAGCCUUUGUAUCAAAAGAUUGCACCGAAAGUAAGUGAAUCUUUGUAUUGUACUGCGCCCGUCAAGCCCGAAGAUGAUGAUGGUCCACCGUACACUGUGAUGUCUCCAAAAAUAUGUGAACCACCCCCUCCACCGUAUCAGACGAAACCAAGUGAUUCACGCAGUUUCUUCCCUCCGCCGUCGCCUGAUCCUGCCGACGAGGCCCCUGUAUACCAGGCAGUGACGCCUGAGAUGAUCCAAGACGUCAAAUCCAAUUACCGACUUCUCCAGGCUCGCAAAUUAGAGAAGGAAAUGUUGAAAUUACAGGGUGUCCCCAAGAGGAUAAAGGGAGAUAACGAGUCCAAGUACCAGGCUCUGCCGAAGAGUAAAGAGAAGGAAGGCGAGUCCAAGUACGAGACCCUUCGGAGGGAGAGGCCUAUCCCUCCUCCGGUGCGGUGGAGUCCCGGCGAUGAUGACGGCAUUUACUCCAGCCUGGAGUACCCCAGCGAGGGCCCACGGAGCGAGGGGGCGCUGAGCGACGACAUCUACUCCAGCAUAGAGACAACGGAUGGAGAUCCACUAUAUCAGAGCGUCGGCGAAGCAAAGUAUUCUCGGCCUCAGCCGCCUCUGCCUGCCCCACUUCGGUACCGUCGGAGGGCAGACGAUGCACCUCCGCCCUUGCCUCCCCCUCGCCUGACCACGGGGCCCGUAGGACCUCACAAUCCUCUCAUAUCUCCAGGAUCUAUACCUCCGCCCAUUAUUCCAGAGCGAGGCCCCCAGGUGCGGGAAAUGAGAGCAUCGUACCCAGGGACGACCAGCACCACCCCUAGUCCAGAUAACCUGCUCAUGGUGCAGUCGACGCCCACGUGGCCUCAAACAACCCGGGCCGAAGAGGAAGACGACGUGUACUCGUCCAUCCCUUCCCUUAUUAGCUCCACCCGGACUCUCCCCCGCCACGCUUCCUCGCACGGCACCCGUAGGACGCGUAGCCCCGUCGGCGUCCUGGAACUCUCUGGGCUCCUCCUGCAAGUCUUCCCUGGACUCCCUGCGAUCCGACGGCAGCACCAACGUACGUCAACGUAG